AUGGGUGGGAUCGUGGGGACUGGGGAGACCGGAAGAGAAUUGAGAAAUGUGGUAAAUGCCAAAUGGAUCGGAGAAUCAUCGUCGUCGAUUUCAAGCUUCUUGGUUUCAGACAUACUAAACUUGGUUGGAGUAUUCGGAAUCAAAGGAUGCUAUCUUUUGUCAUCCAUGUUAUAUUUUUCUAAGAAAUCAACAGGCCGUCCAGGAUCAGAUGCAUUUACAGUGAAAGGUUUUAAGAAUUGGAAAAAGGUGAACGAUGGAAUGAAUUGUCCUUUACUGGGGCAUGUGGGGACAGAUCAAAAUUCACCACAUAAAAUUGCUGUGAAAUGUUGUGAAGAUCUGAAGAAUUAUUCACGGCAUAUUGGCAAGUUGAUUGAAAAACAGUCAUCACAAGAAAUAGAGAAUAAUCGAUUGCAGCUCAAAACCUCAAUAGAUAGUGUUCGAUGGCUAGCAUUCCAAGCAUGUGCAUUCAGAGGUCAUGAUGAAAGCUCCGACUCAAAAAAUCAAGUGCUAGAUGUGAUUCGCAAAGAAAUUGAGGAUGCUAAAUUUUGCAUUCUUGUUGAUGAAGCUCGGGAUGAGUCAAAAAGGGAGCAAAUGGGAUAUGAUGGAGGUAGUAAUAUGCGUGGUGAAUGGAAUGGGCUACAUGCUUUAUUUCUUAGAGAAUGCCCAUAUGCAUAUUAUGUGCAUUACUUUGCUCAUAAGCUACAAUCAGCUUUGGUUGCAGCAUCUAGAGAAGCAAAAUCUGUUCAUCAGUUCUUUGAGAAUUUGAAUUUUAUUAUCAACAUUGUUGUUGGUUCUUCAAAACGCAAUGAUGAAUUGCAAUCUGUUCAAGUUGAUGAGAUUGAAAGUAUGAUUGCUUCUAAUGAAAUUGAGACUGGAAGGGGGGCAAACCAAAUUGGUACUUUGCAACGACCUGGAGAUAUUCGAUGGUCUUCUCAUUUUAAUUCUGUUUGUAGCUUGAUAAAAAUGUUUUGUGCAAGUUGUUCAGUUCUCGACACAAUCUCAAAGGAAGGAACCAACUAUUCUCAACGCGGUGAUUCUGAAGCGGCUUAUACGGUAUUAACAUCCUUUGAAUUUGUUUUGAUUUUGCAUUUGAUGAAAGAGAUUAUGGGAUUUACUCAUUGUCUUUGUCAAGCUUUGCAACAAAAUUCUCAAGACAUUUUAAAUGCCAUGAAAGUGGUUUCAACUACAAAAUUACUUCUUCAAAAUUUGAGAAAUGAAAAGUGGGAGCCUUUCCUUGAUAUUGUUCAAUCAUUUUGUGAAAAAAAUGAAAUUGAUGUUCCUGAUAUGAAUGCUCGUUACACUAGAGCUCGAGGUAGAUCAUGUCGCCAAAAUGAAGAAUCUUCCAUGACAAUGGAGCAUCAUUUUAGAAUUGAUGAAUUUGUUGCUGCAAUAGACUUUCAAUUGCAAGAAUUGGAUAAUAGAUUUAGUGAGCAUGCAGUGGAACUUCUUCGUCUUAGUGCCUCUUUAAGCCCUCAAGAUGCAGACAAAUCAUUUAAGAUCGAUGAUAUAUGCAGCUUAGUUGAGAAGUUCUAUCCUCAAGAUUUUACUAAGCAAGAGAAAAUCAUUUUGAGAUUUCAAUUGGAUCAUUAUAGGCUUGAUGUGCCAAAACAUUCAGAUUUGCAGAAUAUGUCCACUUUAUCUGAGUUGUGCAGAGGAUUAGAAAUUUCAGGAAAAUCGAAGAUUUAUAAUUUGAUUGAUAGGUUGAUUCGUCUAGUACUGGCUCUCCUUGUUUCUACCGCUACUACUGAACGAGCAUUUUCUGCCAUGAAACUUGUAAACACUAGAUUGCGUAGUAGAAUGGAAGAUGAGUUUCUAGCAGAUAAUUUGGUAGUUUAUAUCGAGAAAGAAAUUGCUAAGGAUUUCACGACAGAGAUGAUAAUGGAUGAGUUUUAUUCCAUGAAAGACCGUCGACGUUGA